CUCAUGAUGACGCCUUGCGAAAGUGCUCGGAAAUCUGUAGGCACAACGGUGUCCUCUGAACUUGUUCCCAUACUUCCAUGAUGCAGGCUUCCCUCCUAGGAAAGGCCUUCUCGCGAGGAUUUACCUCCAGAGCUGUUGACGGAUUCACUGGUGCCAUCGGGAACACACCGCUGAUUUACUUGAAGAAGUGGUCAGAAAAGACUGGAUGUAACAUCGUUGCCAAGGCGGAGUUCCAGAAUCCUGGAGGAAGCGUAAAAGAUCGUGCUGCACUUGGCGUUAUACGGGAUGCUGAGGAACGAGGUCUUCUGAAACCAGGAGGAACAGUCGUUGAGGGAACCGCAGGAAACACUGGUAUCGGUCUCGCCCACGUUUGCAGAGCUCGUGGUUAUGACUGCGUGAUCUUCAUGCCGAACACACAAAGUCAAGAGAAGAUCGACCUACUUCGUAUGCUCGGAGCCCAAGUCUACCCCGUCCCAGCCGUAGCCUACGAUAACCCAGCCAAUUACAACCAUCAAGCACGAGACUUUGCAAAGAACCUUCCGAAUGCUGUCUGGACAGACCAAUUCGAUAACGUUGCCAAUGCGAAAGCGCAUUACCUUACUACGGGACCAGAGAUUUGGGAACAGACAGAUGGGAAAGUUGAUGCGUUCAUUUGUGCGACUGGGACUGGGGGUACACUUGCUGGUGCGGGGAAGUACCUGAAGGAAAAGAGUGAUGGGAAGACGCAGAUUUGGCUGGCGGAUCCUCCAGGCAGUGUUCUGCAUAGUUAUAUCCAAAGCGGUGGGAAGCUCGUUGAGAGGACUGGAAGUUCCAUCACCGAAGGUAUUGGCCAGGGAAGAAUUACGAACAACUUGGCAACACUCGUGAACGAUAUUGACGGCUCACUGAAUAUACCCGACGAGAAGUCUAUCUCUGUCCUCUAUGACCUUCUAGAUACGGAGGGUUUAUAUCUCGGAGCUAGUUCAUCACUUAACGUUGUUGCUGCUAUCGAACUCGCACAGAAGCUGGGACCAGGGAAAACUAUUGCGACAAUCCUCUGCGACGGCGCUUACCGCUACCAGAGCCGACUCUUCUCGAAGAAGUGGCUACAAUCCAAGGGUCUUCAGGACGCAAUACCCGACCACCUGAAGCAUUACGCAGUUUUGGAUUGAUCGUCCCUCGCUUUUUAGUUCUUUCAUCUUUAUAUGCUUUUACCUCGCCAUACAAAACACAUAUAGAAAUAAAAACAGAAAUGAAACAAAUCAAGCAAUGUCAC